AUGUAUUUCAUAUCUAUCCAGACUGUGGCCCUGUUCGUGGCCUCAGUGUCAGCUCACGGAUACGUGACGCAGAUCCUAUUCGGCGAUAAGUUAGUCGAUACUUGGAACCCUUAUAAAGAUCCGCAGAAAAACGUUCUGAAGAUAACCCGCAAGUUUCUCGACAACGGUCCGGUCACCGACAAUGCCUUUCUGACCGACGCAAUCACCUGCAACUAUGGUGCAAAGGACACCGCAAAUAAUGUACCCGUCAACAUAACGGCGCAGGUUGCCUCGGGGAGCAAACUAACGUUCUACUGGACUGACUGGACAUCCGACCAUCCUGGCCCGAUCAUGACAUAUCUCGCAUCCUGCGGCGGUUCAUGCGAAACCUUCUCUGGCUCUACCGGCAACGUUUGGGUCAAGAUUCACCAAGCAGGCUACGAUGCGACUCUCGACCCGCCAUGGGCGUCGAAGCGGCUGCCCACGCAAAACAGCACCUGGUCUGUUACAUUGCCUUCCAAGCUCACUCCGGGAGAGUACCUAUUACGCCACGAAAUCCUUGGCCUGCAGCGCACCAACACGAACGGGUCACUGGCGCAGUUCUAUCCGAGUUGCAACCAGAUCACCGUGACUGGUAGUGGCACGACGAGUUUGCCGACAGGCAUCGCACUACCCGGUGCAUACCAGCCAGAUGAUACCACAAGCAUCUUUCUCGAGUAUCGUGACGUAUCAGCUGACAAUCCUUAUACUGCUCCUGGUGGCCAAAUCUGGGGUGACAACGGAUGGUCUGACCAACAGAACAUGGUCGCGACAUGA